UUUAAUGAACCAAUAUUAAACAGCCUUAUGUCGUACGAGUUGGCAAGACUGUUAAUUAUUUUGACAGCUGCUUAUUUUCUAAAUUUCAACAAAAGAAAACGGAGAAAGGAUUUUGUUGUUUUUAUUAUUUUAGUGCUGUUUGUUGGUGACAGCAGCGAAAUAAAUGGAAAGAAUUUUUGCUUUAGUUAUAUUUAUAAUCGUGCAAAAAAAAUUGAUUUGAAAGAAAAAAGACUGUCAACGCGUUGUUCUAAAUUGUUAUGUUUUGUAAAGACUUGAAGAAAAAAAAAGAAUUAUGCGUACAUGCGGUGCAAAUAUGCAAAGUGAGUGUGGUUGUGAAAAUCGUCAUUGUGUCGUACGUAGUUGUCUCGUAGUUAGUCGACUCGUGUAAUUUGAAAAUAGAAAAUUCAUUAGUGGGGCCAGUUUACUGUUACUAAUAAAAUAAAAAAAAGUAAAAAAAAGCUUCAACAACAAAGUAUAGCAAGAAAUCCAAUUUUAACGGUUUGCGGCAAAUGAACAGAAAAUAACAUAAUUCUGAGCUAAUUUUUGCUCUUUGCAAAUACAAAUAUAUAAACGGAAAUUUCGUUAAAACAAAGAAGUUAAUCAGUGAGUAAAUUGUCGUUUAUAGUGGCAAGACAAUAAUAAUAAUAAUAAUAAUAAUUAAGCGACAUCACAAAUCAAAAUCAAUUGCUCUCAUCGAUAUAUAAAAAUUACGGCGUUAAAGUGGCUAUAAAGUAAUGGCAUUAGCGCGUAAAUUAACAGAAAGAAUAUAUGAAAUAAAGGCUCAUAAUGGUAAUGUUAAUUGUUUGGAUGUCGGUGAAACCGGUCGUGUCUUAGUAACCGGAGGUCAGGACCGCAAUGUCAACCUCUGGGCCAUUGGCCAAACAGAAUGCUUUAUGUCGCUAACUGGACAUAAUCGGCCCAUAGAUUGCGUACGUUUUGCUUACAAUGAUGAUUUUGUUUACUCAGCCGACGAUAUUGGUAUUAUAAGGAGAUGGGAUUUAAACGCUCAAACAAUUUGCUCUACCUUAAAUGGACACAUGAAAAGUGUUCGCACAUUAGAUUUUAAUCCGUCCGGUGAAUAUGUGGUUUCUGGUAGCAAUGAUACCACAGUCAGACUCUGGGAUGUGCGUAAUCAAAAUGUGUGCAUGAAAGUCUACCGUGGUCAUAUAUCUCAUGUUAACUCAGUGAAAUUUUCACCAGAUGGUUUAUGGAUAGCCUCAGCCGGUACCGAGGGCUCCGUAAUCAUUUGGGAUAUACGGAAGAGCAAACAGAUUAUGGAAUUUUGUGAACAGCCGGCAGCUGCCGCCAUCAGUUGUAUACAAUUUCAUCCGUUCGAAUUUUUAUUGGCUGUUGGUCGGAUGGAUGGUACCAUUUGCAUUUACGAUCUGGAAACACAAUUACGAGUAACACGUACAGACGCUACUAGUCUAUUCUAUGGCAAUCCCAUCAAGUGUAUUACUUUUAGUGAGAAUGGUGAAUGUUUGUUUGUGGGUACAGGAGUGGCUAUUUCGAUUAUAGGCUGGGAACCAGAUCGUGAAUUUGAUCACAUUAAAUCUUCUUGGUCCAAUUUUGGUGAUAUGAAAAUAGUUAAUAGACGUUUAAUAUGUGGUUCCUUUGAGCAAGAAUAUGUAGCAAUUGAUGCCUUGAGUGUGAAUCGUGUAUUUCCAUUUUAUAAUCCCUCCAAUACACCAGCAGCUUUUGUACACAAUUCCACCACUCGCAAGAGUUUUUCGCGUGGUAAUCAAAAGCUGCGUCUUUCUAUUGGUGGUCCAAAGCAAUCGCGGCUGGUAGAAGAGAAUGAGGACAAUCGCAGUCCUAGUUUAGAUGGUCAUUCAUCGCCCAAUCUCAGUUUAGAGUUGGUCGAUGAGCCGGUUCUAGAUCCUGCUCGCAUACCCGUUCCUCCAACAUCGCUUAAUGGCUCUUUUAAUAGUAAUUAUGGAGAAUUCGAUUCCAAUUAUUCGUCGAUGAGCAUUAACGUGCCACCGCCCAAACAAGUUUCGUCACCGCCUUAUCAGUUUCCUUCCAUAUCUUCCAGCACAGCAUACAGUUCAUUUGGUGGAAAUAGCUUGGGUACCUUGAAUUUUGAUGGGCCCAGUUCGUUAAAAAUGUCCGGUGAACGUAGCGCUAUAUAUCAAUAUGAAAGUUUCGAUGAUCCAUUUACACCGGAAUCAGAGAUAACUUUUAAUGAAAGCUUUCCGCCCGUUAUUACAAAUUACGAACAUACUGAAAUGGUCGAAGAUUUCCCCGUUAAUACGAAUUUGCAUCAACAGCCGUCUAUAAGUAUUUCAAAUCAUGCAACGAACGCAAAUCCAAAUUCAACAAACUCUCAUGUUCAUCCGCCCAUUAAAACUGUUAAACCAAAAAUCACAUCACAUAUAACAAAGCGCACCACUACCCAGGCGAAUACUAAAUCCACCGUUGUAAACACCAUACAGCAGCGCAAUAAAUUGUCUCAGGUAUCGUCGGUUAGCACAACGGAUUUACAUAAACUGGAUGACAAUGUGCUAAUUAAAAAGUCAGCUUCUUCUCAUAUGGUCGUGAAUAAGAACAAAGCGCACCUCAAUAAAGAGAAUGCUCGGAAUAAAAAUCAGAUAACUGUCCAAAUUAUAACAAAAGCUCCUACGCGUUCAAAAACCUCAUUGGAAUUGCGAUCGGCUCAAAAGCAGCAAACAGCUUCGGCUGGAACAGGGCCAGGUCACAGACAAACGCAUCGUCUAUCUAGUUACAUCAGCGAUGCUGGUAAUGGUUCAGCAAAUAUACCCGUCAGUUAUCGCACAGAUCCUGCACUACUUACACAGUCUUCUCUUAACACAAAAAGCUUUAAUACUCGUCCACAUAUGGAUGACAGUCCAGAAAUUGAAAUGCUUUCGGCCACGCACGAGCAAGUCUAUCAAGAGUUAAGUAAUCGUCACGCCACUUUACAAAUAAUCAGGAAUUCCACGAGAUCUCACGAUAUCAUGGGAGCGCUCAAGCAGGCCAUUAAAAUGGGACGCACAGUAUUUGUGGAUUUACUUGGGGCUAUAUUGGAGAAAACUUCUUCUUGGAAUUUGGAUUUGUGUAUGCUAUUGUUACCGGAAAUAUUUGAAUUAUUACAAAGUCAACAUAAAUUUCAUUACACCCGUGCUUGUGAUACUUUGCGUGUUAUACUUUCGAAUUUUUUGCCCAUCAUACAGGACAAUCUUGAUCCUUGGGUUAAUGGUUUAGGCGUUGAUGUUACACGUGAGGAACGACAUCGUAAAUGUUUGGAAUGUCAAAGAUGGCUUUUGCAAAUACGUAAUUUGCCCGAAAGUAAUCACUUUGGCACGACAACGCUAACACAGUUACAAAAUAUGAUUGUAAAUAUAUAAAAAUACUCACUUCGGCACUUAUAUUAUAGCCCUAACAUUGUUCCUUACUCUCUCUGUCUUUCAAGCACAUUUUUUUUUUCGUUUCACAUAUUUUUAAUUUAUUGCUAUCACAUUUUCAUGUGUUUUCAUGUGAAUGAGUGUUUUUUGUUUUGCUUAACAUUUCUUUUAUUUUAUAACAAGUUUUCCAUGUCUCUACAUAAAUGUUACAUGUUAGUUAUUUCAUUUCUAUUUCUUAUAUAUAUUUUGCAAUUAUUAUUAUUUUUUGUAAAUUCCCUUUCAAUUGGCUUAGCUGCAGGCAGCAAAUUUCCUACUGAAGCUUGAUCUAUAAAAUUAUGUUAAGUGAAAAGAGUAUUUAAUUAACUGCCAAAAACGUAGCAAUCAUCUUCCAGAAGCAAGGAGAAAAUGUUAAUUAACAAAAUUGUAAAAAAAAAACAUUCCCAUAUUUCGCAAUUUCCAUAUCCAUCAUCACCUAUAUCACGAUGCAAUAAUUUUCUACAGUGUAGACAAAGGUCUCAGAUUUUGAAUUAGAAUGAAAUUCGUGUAUUCAUGGUUUGCACUGCAUGUUUGUUUCUCUAUCACCCCUCUUAUUGAAAAUCUCAAAAAAUCGUAAGCCGUGAGAUGGAAAUUUUUCAAUUUCAAAUCAAUACAUUACUCAAUUGCUUUCACGCUAAACAAAUUAUUUAAAACUGAAAUAUUUGUUCAUUUUUUCAUUAAUAAUAAUAACCUACACGAUUUACUACAGAGAAAUCCCCGAUCCCCAUAAAUGUUUUUUUUUCUUCUUUUUUUUUUUUAUCGGGAUCGUGACUAAAAUCGAAUUUACUAUCAUUCGCAAGAGAAACAAGAACAGCCCUCCUAGGUGAUGGUUAUCCAAGUAUCGCCCUAAGGCGGACAUAGCUUUCUUACCUGCUCCUAAAAUUCAUCAGUAAGAUCUUUUCUCUCACCUUCAGCUCUUAGUCUUUCCCUUCAAAUAUCUUUUAUUUUUCAUUUGACAUUUUUGGGAAAAGUGCCUUUCAUGAUGUUCGUAUAAAAAAUAGUUUCAGUAUAAAGACGAAAACAAAAAAAAAAAAAACCAAAAAAAAAAAAAAGAAAAAAUGAAAGUGAAUAUGAAUGUGAAAGUAAAAGUGAUUUUAACGCAAAUCCC